AUGCAAACAAUGACAAAAGGGGGAAAAGCUGGGACAACAUACAUCUUCGGCAGAGGCGGGGCCCUCAUCACGUACACGUGGCCGCCAAAUGACCGGCCGAGCACACGGGCAGACCGCUUAGCGGUGGGCUUCAGCACGCAGCUGAAAGAAGCCAUCUUGGUCAGGGUGGAAAGCGCCAAGGGACUGGGCGACUAUCUGGAGCUUCACGUAGAAAGGGGAAGGGUCGGCGUGAUCUUCAACGUGGGAACGGACGACAUCGCCAUCGAGGAGAGCGCGGUGAUGGUGAGCGACGGCAAAUACCACGUGGUGCGCUUCACGCGCAGCGGUGGCAAUGCUACGCUACAGGUGGACAACCAGCCAGUCAUUGAGCGCUACCCCUCAGGGAACUUUGAUAAUGAGCGCCUGGCUAUUGCUAGACAAAGAAUCCCAUACCGCCUCGGUCGGGUAGUUGACGAGUGGCUACUCGACAAAGGUCGCCAGUUGACCAUCUUUAACAGCCAAGCGUUCAUCAAAAUCGGCGGCGGAGAGAAAGGUCGCCACUUCCAGGGCCAGAUCUCAGGCCUGUAUUACAACGGCCUGCAGGUGCUCAAACUGGCCGCCGAGGGCGACCCCAACGUGCAGGCGCAGGGAAGCCUGCGCUUGGUGGGCGACGUGCCCUCGGUGAUCGCCACUGACACCACUUCCACCACGCCGCUGGCUGACAUGUCCACCACCAUUAUGGAGACCACCACCACUAUGGCCACUACCACCACACGCAAACAGCGUUCACCUACAAUCAGGGACAGUGUCACACAGAAUGCAGAUGAAAUUUUGGUCGCUUCGGCCGAGUGUCCGAGCGAUGAUGAAGAUUUGGAGGAGUGCGAGCCUGGAAAUGGUGAGUAAACGCACCGGGGGGAAAGAGGUUUACCGGGCGCCGUGGAGGUUCAGCAGUCGAGCAGCACGACGGGAAUGGUGGUGGGCAUCGUCGCCGCCGCCGCUCUCUGCAUCCUGAUCCUGCUCUACGCCAUGUACAAGUACCGAAACCGCGACGAGGGCUCCUACCAGGUGGACCAGAGCCGUAACUACAUCAGCAAUUCGGCCACGCAGAGCAACGGUACUUUGGUCAAGGAGAAGCCGCCGAGCGCCGCCAAGACUGCCCCGAAGAACAAAAAGAACAAAGACAAAGAGUACUACGUUUGA